AUGGGUUCUCCUCUUUUCAGCAUUCCACCAGAGCUGCAAGUCCGAAUCUUGUCUAAUCUUGUAACAUAUGGCUCUGAAGACACCUUGAACAUCCUUUGCACCUGCAAGAAACUCUACGAAACUGCACUGCCGCUCUCGGUAGCAACAUUCGAGGUACACACGCCACAUGAGCCCGACACUGAUGACUUGCCCAUGCGAAUCCGACUAUUGAAGUUUCUUCGAUAUAUCACCGUCACCAAGCCCGGUCUAGCCAGCCAUGUCAAGACACUUGUGUUGGAGCGAUGGCUGUUGGAUAGAUACCAGGAACCCAUUGGACCCCAAGGGCCCACAGCAGGGGAUAUGAUUGUGUAUAAACAACUGAUCCGGAACGUGGUCGUCAACGAUUCUAACUUGACUACUCAGCGAUACAAUUCUGCCAGAUGGAGCUCUGAUCUCAAAGCGGGGAUGCCAGAUGCCAUCUUUGCUUUGUUACUCGUGGCCUGCACGGGCUUGAAGGAACUUUGCUUCCCUGAGCCUAGAGAAAGAGAUGACAGACUUGACGACGACGGAAUGCUUGAAGUCGUCAGCUAUUCUCACCUUCAGUAUGUUCUUCGACUGGCAACUGAAACAGACCCUGCCAUAGAAUGCGAGCCAAGGUAUCCGGGCCCUCUUUCCCUUCUGGAACGUGUUUAUCAUGAAGGGGUCCAAGGGUAUGGGUAUGACAAUUGGCUUCGCCAUGCUAUGCCUUUCCUUCAGCUACCUCGUCUGCGUACUUACGAGUGUCUAUAUGGAAACAUCCUCGAGGAAGGGGCCAUACUUCCGCCGUUACUAGCGCCAUCAUCGUCCACAGUUAGAGAUCUGGUGUUUCGCUCGUCUUGCAUCUCCAAAAGCUCUCUCGAAAUGAUGUUGGCUGCUUCCAAGUCCCUUCGUUCUUUUGAAUAUAUGCGAGGACUGUCCGAUAACGAGUCCAGCCAUAAAGCGGCCAUGCCUCGUGAUAUCAUUGAAGCUAUUGAAAGCCAUGCCGCGGGCUUGGAACAUCUCACUCUUGAUCUAAACGAUGACACCUACCGAAGAAGCUGGCUCGAGAGGCCGGAUAGAAUAUUUAUGGGAGACAAACUCCAACAAAUGGCGAACCUGAGAACCCUCGUCAUCGGGAUGCUUCCACUUACCGGAAUCAUCGACAGCGAACCAAACCUGGGUCAACCUGGCGCGCCCGCAGAGGCUGGCCAAGCGUCUAGGAAGGUUGAAGGUGCACGACGCUUGGUAGAGUGCUUGCCCGAAAGCCUCGAACAACUAAAGGUUCUUUGCUGCGGAAUGGGAAUCCUUGACGAGGCACAAGAACUAUUGGAUCUGGUCUCCCUGAGGCAGCGUUGCAAACAUCUGAGUCACGUGCGGUUUAUCUUCAAUGACGAGACUACGAAUUCACGCCUUGUUGAUUUGACAUCCAAGUCACCCUUUUUACGCGUUGAGACUGCAUUUCAGACCAAGAGCCACCGAGACUUUGACCUGGCCCAGUGCUGGACACACGAGAUGAGCCCUUGCUCGCGGCUCCAUCCACCAACGACUAACUAUUAUGACGACUGGCACAAAUAUCGAUACACUAAUGAUAUGACCAUGGAUGAGCUUUUCGGCAACUGA